AUGUCGGAUCCUCAAGCCAGGCUCCAGGCCCUGUCCGAAGAGUUCCAGAAGCUUCAAGGCGAACUCCAAAGCGCUGUUGAGUCGCGACAAAAGCUUGAAGGACAGAAGCAGGAGAACGUUGGUGUGCAGCAGGAGUUUGAUCGGCUACAAGAGGGCGAGACCAUCUACAAGCUCACUGGUCCCGUGCUACUGAAGCAGGACAAGUUUGAGGCCGAGAACACGGUCAAGGGCCGCCUGGAUUACAUUAGUAGUGAGAUCACCAGGCUAGAAGGCACAAUCAAGGAAACCCAAGAGAAGCUCGAGAAGAAAAGGACAGAAAUAAUUCAGAUUCAAUCAAGCGCUCAAGCAGCUCAAGGCAAGGGCAAGGAGGCAUCCAAAUAA